AAUGAUAGUAUGUGAAGUUUGGGCGGGAAGAAGGCAAGGCCAUGACCAUCUUGGCCAACCCAACUUCUGUGCUGUUCCCUAAAGCAUUGGAGAUCAAGAAGCGCCUCCUUCAAGGAUUCAGCUCCUUCAAACAGCUUAAACAUGUUCACGCUCGGCUUCUCCGCCUCGGCCUCGACCAGGACAACUAUCUCCUCAACAUGAUCCUGCGCUCUAGCUUUGAUUCUGGUAACGCAUCCUACCCUCGAAUUCUCUUCAACCAAACUCUCCAACCCAACAUUUUCUUGUGGAACACGUUGAUCCGGGGCUUGGUUACCAACGAUUGCUUUGAUGAAGCCGUUGGGUUCUACAGUUUAAUGCGAACAGGGGGAUUUUUGCCCAACAAUUUCACUUUUCCUUUUGUUUUAAAGGCAUGCGCGAGGCUUUCUGAUCUCCAGCUGGGUGUGAAGAUCCACGCCAUUGUGGUGAAAGCAGGUUUUGAUUUUGAUGUGUUUGUUAAGACUAGCUUGGUUUGUUUGUAUGCAAAAUGUGGCAUUUUAGAGUACGCCCAUAAGGUUUUCGAUGAUAUUCCUGAGAAAAAUGUUGUUUCUUGGACUGCAAUCAUUACUGGGUAUAUAGAUUUUGGCCGGUUCAGGGAAGCAAUUGAUCUGUUUCAGAGGUUCCUAGAACUGGAUUUGAGGCCUGAUAGUUUUGCCCUUGUUAGGGUUCUGUCUGCCUGUACACAGGUAGGUGAUUUACGCAGUGGAGAGUGGAUUCAUGGAUAUAUUGCGGAGAUUGGGAUGGGAAGGAAUGUCUUUGUGGCUACUGCUUUAUUGGAUAUGUAUGCAAAGUGCGGAAAAAUGGAGCAAGCUCGUAGUGUGUUUGAUGGGAUGCCUGAAAAAGACAUUGUUUCUUGGGGUACCGUGAUUCAGGGAUAUGCAUUGAAUGGUUUUCCAAAAGAAGCCUUGGACCUCUUCUUCCAAAUGCAAAGAGAAAAUGUGAAACCCGAUCAUUAUAGCAUGGUUGGCAUUCUAUCGGCUUGUGCAAGGUUAGGAGCGCUGCAAUUGGGGGACUGGGCCAGUGGCUUGAUAGAUAGAAAUGAAAUUUUGUCUAACCCCAUUUUGGGUACAGCAUUGAUUGACAUGUAUGCAAAAUGUGGAAACAUGGCUUCGGCAUGGAGAGUUUUCAAAGGGAUGAGGGAGAGGGACGUUGUGGUAUGGAAUGCUGCAAUAUCUGGACUUUCCAUGAAUGGCCAUGUCAAGACUGCAUUUGCACUUUUUGGCCAAGUAGAGAAGCUUGGUUUCCAACCUGAUGGGAGCACUUUUAUUGGCCUGCUAUGUGGGUGUUCUCAUGCUGGUCUUGUUGAUGAAGGUCGUCGAUAUUUUUACAGUAUGAAUCGUAUUUUUUGCUUGACUCCCACCAUUGAGCAUUAUGGAUGUAUGGUUGAUCUUCUCAGUCGAGCUGGUUUAUUAGAGGAGGCCCAUCAGAUGAUCAAAAGUAUGCCUAUGGAAGCUAAUGCUGUAAUUUGGGGAGCCUUGUUAGCUGGAUGUAGGGUACAUCGGAAUGUCCAAUUGGCUGAAUGUGCAUUAAAGAGAAUGAUUGAGUUAGAACCAUGGAACUCGGGAAAUUAUGUUCUCUUAUCAAACAUUUAUUCAGCAAGUCAUAGAUGGGAAAAUGCAGAAAAACUUAGGUCACGGAUGAAUGAGAAAGGAAUCCUAAAAGCACCUGGGUGUAGUUGGAUUGAAGUAGAUGGGGUUGUUCAAGAGUUCCUUGUGGGAGAUAAGUCUCACCCCCUCUCAGAGAAGAUAUAUGCAAAACUUAAUGAAUUGAAUAGAAAACUGAAAUCAGUGGGUUAUAUCCCAAAAACAGAUUUUGUCUUGUUUGACAUAGAAGAAGAGGAGAAAGAGCAUUUCUUAGGUUAUCACAGUGAGAAGUUGGCGCUUGCAUUUGGUUUAAUUAGCACGAAACCAGAGGAUGUUAUUCGAAUAGUGAAAAAUCUCCGUGUGUGUGGUGACUGUCAUAUGGCAAUGAAGCUCAUUUCGAGGAUUACAGGCAGAGAGAUUAUUGUUAGGGAUAACAACAGAUUCCACUGUUUUAUUGAGGGAUCAUGCUCAUGCAAAGAUUACUGGUGACUCAGUAAUAGUUUAUUCUUUGAGUGAUACUGUGUAGAAUGAAUUUUGUAAUUGCAUUUUUCCCAACAGCUAAUACAUUUGUUGAUUGAAGGUAGCAUUCCAUAAAACUCCCAGCCGGCCAUUCCAAGUAGACAUUAUGUGAAUAUGUAUGAAAGAUAAACUUGUGCCUGC